AUGUCCUACCCAAGCACAAGAUCUAUUUCCCCUCCUUCUUCGUCACCACCAUCAUCCCCCAGCCCAUGCAUAGACUCGUCGCCGCCAUCCUCGCCCGAUAUCAUUGCCUUUGACAGCGAGCCUGAGUCGUUCCAUCCGUCGCCCCAUCCCUAUGCCGCAAGCAUCAAGGCAACGAAAAGGCCUCCGGAAUAUGAUGCCGAGAAGGGAAAGUACGCGAACAAAAGACCUUUGCCCCAGUCGUCUAAUGACCAGGUGGCCAAAAGAAGGAGGCAGACGCCGCGGAUGGACUUGAAGGAGUUGGACUUUGACGACAUGCUGAUCGACUCGGUCGAAUUGAAUGUUGUCGCUGAUACCAGCCUUGACGCUGAUACAUCCUUUGAACUGGAUCAGUCAGCUCUCCUUGCGCAGAAUGAAAAGAUAUGGGAGGAUGCUGUUGAUGAAAUCAUUCGCUCUGGAUACGGCCAGAUUGACUUGGUCGGGAGGGGUCUACAACUUAUCCCGCUCUCUGCUAUCUCCGAACUGUCCAAUUUCUUUGUCACGUCGAAUGAGCAGGAGCGUGAAUACGUUUCAGAGUCACCAACUAGUCCAAUUUUGCGCCAGACAGUGUUCAAACGAAACUUUACAGCUCCUGCGACCACAGACGCCUCAAAAUCGCUAUUCGAAACGCGUUCGUCGACGCGUAGUGCCUUGUCGUUAGGCGUGCCGCGGGAAGAAAUCCAUUUGCAGUUGCGGAACAACACGAUUUCUGUGCUGCCUAUAGAUCUCUUUGACCUGCAGAAAUUAACACUUCUUGGACUCCAACAAAACCGCCUGACAUACAUCCCUCCCGAAAUCGCUCGGCUGGAGAACCUUCGCGAGCUCAACGUUUCGAUGAACAAACUUGAAUACCUCCCAUCCGAGAUCCUGCGCAUGAAGUUUAAGAAACUGACACUCAUAGGUAACCCAUGGAAACAAGCUCCAGAUCGAUCCCCGCGGCCCAUAUCAGAGACGCGACAUCCUCUCCCGCAUGUUAUUCCCCUUUACGAACUGUGCCUCCGCAUGCUGCUCUCACCUCCGUCUCCUCAGACUGUUCUGGAGAGGUACUACGAUUUCCCUCUCGCUGAAAACCAGUACGGUAUCCCUGGCCGGAAGCAGCGGCCUUCCAUAGGCCCGCACCUAAAGAGCGUGCUGAACGCAUGUGUACCGGGGUCGGUGUACGUCGAUCCAGACCUUCCCUCCCCACCACAAGGGACGGGGACGGGCGUCUGCAGGUGCGGCGGUGUCUUUGUGCACCACGCAGAGGAGAGGUUUACCUGGGAGAGCAUUAUUGCAGGGUUUGAGUUGGGAGAAAGAGCAAAGGUACCGGUGAGGUGGAGGGGCUGUCAGUGGGGGUGUUUGGAUUACUUGGAGGAGUCGCAGGAAGAGAAAGAGGCAGUUACGACAGAGCUUCUGAGCGAUGAGGAUGUGGUCAGGCCCAUUGAGGUCGGACAAGGCGAACUGGACUUCUCGGAUGAUGAGACGUAGGGUUCGACAACAUAACUGUAUCACUAGUUCCUCGGAAUAGGCCAUGUUUAUUAACAUUGUACUGCAAUCACAAG